UACGUCAAGUUGCUUCUUACCCUCUAGAUCACGAAUCUGCAACAGAGUGUCUGUGACUCGGGCGCAAAGCAAGUGAGGCAAAGAUCAGCAACAUCAUCUGCUUAGAGAGUGCAAACAUCACCCGUAGCACGGUAGCCCCAGAGGAACAUGGCAUUUGCUGGGAUGUUGAGUGAUGAGGACAUCAAAGCUGCAGUCCAGGUAUGUCAAGCUCCAGGCACAUUUGACUUCAAGUUGUUCUUUGCACAAGUGGGACUGAAUGGCUUGUCUGAGGCAGACAGGAAAAAAGUGUUUAUAGUCCUGGACCAAGACAAGAGCAGUUUCAUUGAGGAGGAGGAACUGAAAUUGUUCCUGCAGAACUUCUGUCCAGCUGCCAGGGAGCUGACAGUGGCUGAAACAAAGACUCUGAUGGCAGCAGGGGAUAACGACAAUGAUGACAAAAUUGGGAUAGAUGAGUUCUGUGAUCUUUUGAACUGAAGACAUAGAUACACAAGACCACAUUGCUGUGCUCCUUUCUGAAU